CCGUAUAAAAGGAUGUAAACAACUGAAGAACCAGGGCGAAUAACACAAUUUAUUUUGUACGUAAAUGUGAAACGUUUAUGAAAUAUCCUGUAAAUUAAUCAAAAUCCCAGUAAUUAUGACUGAGAUAGCGAAGCUGGUACCAAAAAUAAAAUUUAAUGUUGACCCCAGGCAUCGAAAUUUAAGGACUUACGAGGGUCCUUUAGGAAGAAUCCGAAAGUUACGUAAAACCCUUACAUCGUUAUUUAAGUAUGAGAGACUUGAACUUAUGCUUCCAAGAUGUGAUGAAGUUCGAGGAUAUGCUGACAGACUGAUUACUGAAGCUAUUCGUCAUGGGGAUAAACAUCCACAGACGAUGGAUAUGGCUAAUUUUUGGUUGGAGGACAAGCAAAUGAUACACAAGUUGUUUAAGGUUUUGGCUCCUCGCUUUGAAAAAUAUCGAACGAGUUUCACUGAAAUGAACUUAAUUCCUUUGCCAUAUCAUUUGUCAGCAGAAAAAAAAAGAAUACAUUUUUAUCAGUAUUGUGUACUAGAGUUGAAAGGAAAUCCAUACCCUCCAUUGCCCAAAAAACCAAAGCCUAAUAGUGAUUCAUUGACAAACAUUUUGCUGAAAGAAGCUAGCAAAGACUUUCAAAAAAUGAAAUUAAAAUCAAACACUAGAAGUUGAAUGUGUUAAUGUGUGAAUACUAUGAUACAGUUUAGUUUUAGAACUAAAAACAGGAGCUCAUGUGCAUUGAUCUGUACAUCACUUGUGUACUAAAAAUUGUUGCCAGAAAAUUUUAGUUAUUGUAACUUUUACUGUUCAUUGCAUUGGCGUAAUAAAUUUUUCUACUUGAUA